AUGCAAAAUAAUUACGAUUUUCCUGAUCAUUCAAUUCAUGGUUUGCCUAAACAACAUUCUAAUAGAUAUGAGUAUUCUAAUCAAAUGACCUCACAAUAUUAUCAAGAAAUGGAAGAAUCAUCAACAAAUGAAGGUAGUGGUAAUGAAGACUAUCCAAAUUUAAUGAAAUGUGAUAAUUUUAAUAAUCAAUCUCAUCAACAACAAAUGCCACAUUCUUAUGGUGGAUCUAGGCAUAUUGUAAUGAGUGGUGAUUUUUACAAACAUGAAAACAGUAAAGUUACUUAUCAACCAAAAAAUAAUUUUUAUUCAAAUCCAAUAAAUUUUCAUCAAAAAAAACCCAUAUUUCCAGAAAUGGUAAAUGAAAACAAUAAAAAAGGAAAUGAAAAUUUUAGAAAUCAACCUCCAACAAAACAAAAUAAUUGGCAACCAAUACAAGAAAAUUCUAAUUCACAAACAAAUUCAAAUAAUACUAAAAUUCAAUUAAAUAGAAUUGUCACAUCACAAUCAAAAGUUGAUAGAAUUAAUGUUGAUAAAAAUAAUCAAAUGGAAUAUCCUCAAAAACAAAAUAUGCAACCAGUUUCUAAAGUUCAAUCAGUUGUUCAGUUAAUGAAUAAGUUUGAAAAAUCUAUUGAUACCUCACCACCAUCAAAAAAUAGUCAAAAUAUGAUUGGUAGUGGUAACAAAGUAAAUAUAAAACAACAACCGUUACCAUAUUUAUUAAAUUAUAAUGAUGAUAGAAAAGAAUCUUUACAUGAAAAAAUGGAAAAUAAAAAUACAAGUGUUGGAAAAGUUGCAAAUACCGUUAAACAACUUCAACAAAAAUUACAUCCACAUUUAAAAAAUAUUAAUGAAAAUGAAAAUAAAAAAAAAUUUUCAACAUUUAAUAAUCAAAAUACAGAUUAUUCAUUAAAAAUAAAUGAAAAUAAUGAUAUAAAUGAUAUUUUACCAGAACCUUUAUCAUCAGAAUCAAGUGAACUAUCUGAUGAUGCUAAAAGACAUUCAAUAGAAUAUGAUUUUAAAAAAGAUGAACAAAUAAAUGAAAAAAAUAAAAGAAUUAAUACAAAAGUAACAUCAACAUUAAGCAAAAAUAUGGCAAAAGAAGCUAAAAUGUUAAUGGAGUAUUUUCAAAGACGUCGCCCUUUAUUAAAUUAUCUUGGUGUUGGUUUAUCUGAUCAACUAUGGGAACAAGUAAAUUCUUUACCACCAAAAAUUGUAAGAUUAGUUUAUGCUGAAGAUAUAGAAAAUAAUUCACAAAAUGUUAAACAAAAAGAACUACCAAAAUUACUAAAAAGAUUAAGUGUUAGAAAUUCAAUAAGACAAGAUCCAAGAAAAAUUGCUUUAAAAAAAAAAUUAUUACAAUCAAAAAUAGAUAAUCAAAAUCAUGAUUCUAAUUAUAGUAAAAUUGAUAAAUCAUUAAAAAAACAAAUUAAAGAAGCUGUGACUAAAACUUUACAUGAACCACAGGACAAUUAUCAAAUUGAAAAAGAAAAAGCUAUGUUAAAUAGAAAUGAAAAUAAUUUAAAUUUUCAACAACAACAAUUUAAUAUGAAAUAUAAAUAUAAUUAUCACAAACAGAUGGAUACAUUUGAAAAUCAGUAUGAAGAAGAAAGUUCAGAAGAAAAUAAUAAUAGAUUUAUAGAACAUAGUAAUAAAGAGUUUUAUAUGAAUUUAGAUAAUAUCCAUGAAAAUCAUGAUAAUUUUGUUGAAGAGGACCAUGAUUAUAUUGAAGAAGGUAAAAAUAAUUUUGACAAUUCAGGAACUUUUCAAAGUCUUGAUACAAAAACAGGUAGAUUUACUAAGAAAUCUGCUGCUGCAUUAAUUGCUAAAAGAAAUGCUAAUGUUACUGAUUCUGUAAUAAAUACACCAAUGAAAAGUAAUAGUUCAUCAUCUAUUUCUUCAAAACACAAUAUUCCAAAUAUUAUUAAUGAAAGAAAUAAUCAAGAAAAAAAUAUUCAUAAUGCUGGUUCAUAUGAAAAAGAAAUGUGGAAUCAAAAUGUAACCACACCUAAAGAAUAUUUAUAUAAUAUAAUUGAAAAAAAUGUAAAAAAUACAAAUAAUUCAACAGAACAAAGACAAUAUGUUCGAUCAGCUAAAUCUGUUGAUCAAUUAAUAUUUGAAACAUCUAAUGAUGAUGGGGAUAUAUUUGAUGAAGAUAGUUUACCAAAUUUUGAUACUAGAAAUUCUAAAACAUUAUCAUAUCAACAACUUCAAAAUAAUGAAUUUGAAAAUCAUUUAGAUGUUGAUGAAUUAGGAAUGCCAAGAAUUCCACCUCAUAGAAAUUAUAUAAAACAUCCAACAAUAACAAAAGGAAUAAAUGAUAAAUAUGAAAAUGAAUCUAAUUAUCAUAAUAAUUAUCCAAAUAAUCAAUUUUUAUUUACAGGUGCACGUCCAUACAUACCAAAACAAGGAGUAUCAUCUAAAAAUGUAAUAGAUUAUUCAAAUAAUACAUUAAGAGAAAAAAAAAAAAAAAAAAUUAGAAUUAUAUCUAAAAAAGGAACAUGGAGAUUACACGGUUCAUUAGGAAAUUUUUUUAAAAAACGUGCUGCUAUAAGAUUAUAA